AUGCAUAUCUACUCACAUCCCAUAAAACUCUCCUUCCCACCCAUUCGUGGUGUCAAUCCUUCUCUUAAGCUAAAUGCUGCUGUCGUACACAUAUGCGAUAAUCAGGAUGGCGCAUUGAUUGAUUCCCUGGCAGACUGCGAGAUUGCUCAGAAAACAGAUGUGGGCCAUAACAUUUUCAGUUUGGUCUGGCCCGCUGUCCGUUCGACCAUCCCAGAAACAGAGUACAGGAUAAUUACGACGCAGUGGGAAGCUGUGGUGGCUGAUAUAUGCAACCUUCAAGGUUUCUCGUGGUUCCUGCUCCCACCUUCAUAUGAAGACUUGCAAGCGGCAGCGCGCCAUGGCCCGGAGAGCCCCAUCGCAGAUCUCGAGUAUCUCAAGGAUCGAUUCGCCAGGGCGAUACCCCAAGCAUCGAAGAUGGGCCUAAAGCAGCCGUGGAAUGAUCUAAUUGUCCUCUUGCGGGCAGUAUGGGACGAUGUCAUGUUACCCAUCGUAAAGCGCCAGUCUCGAAUCUGGCUGUGCCCAACUACAACCUUUACCUUUAUUCCUCUCCACGCAGCUCACCUGUUUCGGACCAGGGCAGAUCGCUCGGGGAAGGAACCAUCUAGAGAGAUGAUGAAGAAUCCUGCAACUCCAUCCUUUGUGGCGGUUGGGCAAGGUCAACCGGGUGGAGGGAAAGGCAAGGCGCUCUUAUCUGUCGAUAGCGAGCUCGAACUUGUCCAUAAGCUCAUCCCCGCGACGGACAAUUGUUCCACUCUUUUGGGCGACGCAGCCACACGAGCAGAUGAACCAGAACCUCCCACGCUGCUCGACAUCAUGGAGAAAGAUAUUCUGCACGCUGAGUUCGCAUUCUUGUUGGCGUGUCAUACCGCUGUUGGUGAUAAGGAGACGCCCGACGAAGUCAUCCAUCUCGCGGCUGCUGAGAUACGAAAUCUUCAAGCUUUCUUGCGAUUCCUACUCCCACCGUCUUAUACAGAAUCGCAAGUGGCAGCCCAUGGCCCAGUUAUCAUCCUCAUUGCCAGCGAAUACUCGUGCGGUGCCAUCAUUGUCUCGACGUCAGGAGAGCCCCACCACGUUCGCUUCCUGCGCAUCACUCUCCCACAUCUAGAGACACUCAAGGACGAUUUUGCUACUGCCAUCCGGCACACAGCUCGUAUGCGCCCAGAGGAGCCUAGGAAGAAGUUGCGAGUACUCUUGCGGACAGUGUGGGACAAGAUCAUGUUAUCUAUUGUUAACGUCCCCCAGCAUGACCUGAAAUUGCGGUGUCAAUCCAAAAUAUGGCUGUGUCUGACAGCAGCCUUCACGUUCAUCCCUCUCCAUGCAGCCAACCCCUUCCGAAUGAAUGCAGAUCGCUCCGGGAGGAGUCGUGCCUGGAGGAUCUGCCAUGAAGACGUGCGCGACUCCGUCCUUCGCAGCAAUUGGACAAAGUCGACCGGGCGCAGGGCAAGGCGACGUGCUCCUAACGUCAAAAUUUUGUCGACAAGACCUAUACUUACCUGUCAGGAAUUUGACUCAGGAGCCACUUUUCCCUACCAAGUCGACUACAAUACUGUCGCCAUCGUGGCCCUCAGGUCGGUUACGAGCAUCUGUAACUCUACCACUGAGAACCAGAAUUCCAUGUGCCACACCUCAAUGGUGAACCACAUCGACGGUGCAUCCCUUGCAAACACGGCACGUGUUAAAGAUGGAAUUGGCGCACGCGGUGAAAGAAAAGGUUCUGUUAAAUCGAACUUCCAUGGGGGCAGCGUUUCUUUUAAACGACAUACCGACCCUUCUCUUCUUAUCUGUGAAUUGCCCUGGCUGAGUGGCAUUCGUGAGGCAUCAUUAUCAUUGACUGUUCCUUCUACUUUGAAACACUUGAUUGAUGUGGCAUGCAAGGAACUACACAAGGAUCUUAUUUGCUUUGCAUCAUAUCAGCAUUUCAUAUGGGCACAUGAUGCAGGAGGGGGAGUUCCUAUGCAUCUCUUGACUGCUUUGCAGACGUGGUGGCUCGCAAUUCUGUGGAAUGUAUGA